UCAGCUCUCAGUCGUGUUUCCCCCGCACAUAUCUGCCUAGAGAUACUUACAGUGUUUCUUCAGGCGCAUGCAAAAGUUGCGUUAUGAUGUAAGAAAGUUGCAGCGGUCACGCAGCUCGCGCGACUGCUAAUGUGCAUUAGCUAGCGUGCUCGUCGCAAACAAGCCGUCUUACUCUUAAGUACAAAAGCGGGUUUUAUUCGCUGUUGACAGUCUGUAUACGAUGUCGUCGAUUUGAAGUGACACCAUGGGAAUGGCACAAGCGAUCAUACACACGAAGUGACCGUUUUUGUAUCGACCGCAUCCGUCGGAUUCGGCGGUAUCUGUAGGUUCGGUGACACUUUUGACAUUAGCGUCACUGUCAGCUCGUUUGUCGAUUUCGCGCGGGUUUUAUUCUUCUUUUCUUGUGUUUUGCAUUCGCAUGGCUGAGGGGUAACUUGCACUGGAGGUUUUUGUUUCUGUUGGAGGGGCGUUUACCGUGUUGAAGCUAGCAGAAGCUUUUUGACGGGUAGAUCACAGGCUGUCGGGAGUUUGACAAGCAGCUUGCGCUUAUGUAAUGCUGGCGAUUCCCCGCUUGACCUCAAAAGACGAAAAAACAGCGCGUAUUCAGAGUGCGGCGAAGUUUAUUUCAUGACACGAGUCGUAUGCGUCGUCGUUACGGCGCAUUUUUUUUUCCUGAGUUGUUUUUGCGCGUGUCGAAGCUGCAGCGCGUCUUUGUAAAAUCUAUUGACCAUGCGGGAAGUUCAACGAAAAGCUAUUGCGGACACCAUCUAAACGUUUAAACAGCUUUGGACUUGUAUAGAAAUGGAUUUCUCGUCAUAAAUCUUUUAAAGGAUUGAGAUAUGGAUCGUGGACUAAAACGCAGCAGUAACAAUGCUGAGAAUGUAACUUUUGGGGAUUGUAUUGAGAGAGGCAUUUUGCCUGAUAUCGGUGUCAAUGCGUCCGCUUUAAAUACGUCAAAAGAUUUCUCGAAUGGACUGAGAGGUAGUGACGCUCAAAGAAACCCCUCUAUGGCAGAUCCAUCCUUAAUGGGAUGUAACAUACAAGAACCAGAUGUUAAGGCGUUCAAACCUUUCAGAAUGCAGCCCCAGCAAAAGGUAAAAGAGCCUCUCAACAUUGGGGAGAACUUUUUGCUCUUGGACGAGACCAUUGCGGACUUAAAUCGUGGUUCUGGGAUCCAGACCCCUAACGCUUUUACUAUGAAAAUGGAGGAGCUUUCCCCCAUGGAGAAAGAUAGGCUGGACUUUCCACCCUAUGGCUAUCCAGAUAAGGAAGCGGAUGAUAAUGAGAGAGUGACUGGAGACAACACCAUUGACAUCCUAAAGGAUCUGGACUUACCUGACUCCCUGUCUGACCUGAAUGAGUUCUACGUUAAUGAUGAGGCUGCCUUUCUGUCCUCAUUGGCAGUGGAUGAUGGCUUGCUGGGAGAGAGCCACUUGCUAAAGGCUACCAGCCCUGUUGUCACUGGCAACAGUGCAGCCUGUGCAAAUGUGAACGGCAUGGGGAAACGGCAGCAGAUGGCGGAUGCCACUGUCAACAUGCCGGUUAUAAAGACAGAGAAAGACCCAGACUUUAUCCAGCUGUGUACACCGGGUGUCAUCAAACAGGAGAAUGAGAGGGGGAGCUACUGUCAGAUGUCUGGGAUGAGUUUGGGAGAUAUGGGCGGACAGGAAUACCACUACGGAGCCAACACCGCCUCAGCUGUGAGUUUACCAGAUCAGAAACCUCUUUUUGGCCUGUUUCCUCCCCUGCCUACAUUAAGUGAUGGCUGGGUUCGAGGAAAUGGAUAUGGAGAUCCGUCUGGGAUGCAGAGAGCCAAUGAGACAGUACUUCCGUCCACCUAUCCGUACAGCAGCUCUUUGGCCAGGCCUGAAGUGAGCAGCUCCAGUCCAUCAGGAUCAGUCAAGCCCGGUGGAAAUACCCAUAAGAUAUGCCUGGUGUGCUCUGAUGAGGCCUCUGGAUGUCAUUAUGGGGUGCUCACCUGUGGCAGCUGCAAGGUUUUCUUCAAAAGAGCCGUGGAGGGAUGGAGAGCACGACAAAACACAGAUGGGCAGCACAACUAUCUCUGCGCAGGAAGGAACGAUUGCACCAUUGACAAGAUAAGAAGGAAAAACUGCCCGGCAUGCCGCUUUCGCAAGUGUCUUCAGGCCGGCAUGAACUUGGAAGCUCGGAAAAAGAAGAAACUGAUGCGAUUACAGGGUCAUUCAUCCUCAAGUGAGCAGGCCCCGGCUCUGCCUGAUGAGCGCAUGUGUUCGCUGGUGCCCAAAGCCAUGCCCCAGCUGGUGCCCACCAUGCUGUCCCUGCUCAAAGCCAUUGAGCCUGAGAUCAUUUACGCGGGUUACGACAGCACCAUCCCAGACACCUCCACCCGCCUCAUGACGACACUUAACCGUCUGGGAGGCCGCCAGGUUGUUUCUGCCGUCAAGUGGGCCAAAGCUCUUCCUGGCUUCAGAAACCUGCACCUGGAUGACCAGAUGACGCUCCUGCAGUGCUCCUGGCUCUUCCUCAUGUCCUUCGGCUUGGGCUGGAGAUCCUACCAACAGUGUAACGGAGGCAUGCUGUGUUUCGCUCCAGACCUUGUCAUCAAUGAGGAGAGGAUGAAACUACCCUACAUGAGUGACCAGUGUAACCAGAUGCUGAAGAUCGCCAAUGAGCUGGUCAAGCUGCAGGUGUCCUACGACGAGUAUCUCUGCAUGAAAGUGCUCCUGCUCCUCAGCACAGUACCAAAGGACGGUCUUAAAAGUCAAGCUGUGUUUGAUGAAAUCCGCAUGUCGUACAUCAAGGAGCUGGGCAAAGCCAUUGUUAAACGCGAGGAGAACUCCAGCCAGAACUGGCAGAGGUUCUACCAGCUCACCAAGCUAUUGGACUCAAUGCAGGAGAUGGUGGAGGAGCUUCUCAACUUCUGUUUCUACACAUUUGUGAAUAAGUCUCUCAGCGUGGAGUUUCCUGAGAUGUUGGCGGAGAUCAUCAGCCAUCAGCUACCAAAAUUUAAAGACGGGAGUGUCAAGCCUCUUCUGUUCCAUCAGAAAUGACUGCCUUAGAUCAUAACAAUGCCUUAACGCCACCGUUUUCUUACCAGCUCAAAUCCAAUCUGCCCAUUUUCCCCAAACAUCCUGUAUGAACUGAGGGAUAGAGUCGCUUCUGCUUGAUUCUCAGAGGGAAGAGGGGACGUUUGCUCUUCAGAAAUGUUCGUGGAGCAGGACAAAGUUGUGUACUUGGAGCAGACAGAAAGUGACUUUGAGAAUUGAGAACAUUUUUUUGUGAUAUUUUCUCUUUUUUCGCAUGUACACUGCUGAAAUGUUUACAAAGGUAUAUCAAAAAAGGAAAAUGUGCCUUUUUUGCGCUUUGCGAAUCAGUUUUGAACAUUUCUCAGGCUAACGCAAUGACUUGGCGUACAGAAUUUCUGUAGGUGAUUCACAUUCAUCUGCCCUUGUCUAAACCUGCCGUGAUGGUUCACUGUAGGUGGCAGCUCAACGCUCCCAAGAGGUGCUCCAAAUUCUGAAGCUACUGAUGAAACAUUAGACCAUAUAAUGUAUUUUUAAAGUCUCAUCGAAUCUCCAAAUCAUCAAACAAUUUUGCAUGAAUAUUCCACAAUAUAAUUCAAUUCAAAUCAAGAUCUGUUCCAUGACUGACAGCAAAAUACUACACAUGAUGGCAAGUCAUGAAAUCAAUGAAUUUGUCAGAUUUCCAUCCAUUCUGGUCACAUUGAGAUUAGCAUAUCCCAGCAUUCCCCUCCUGUCAACUGCAGUGUGUUCAUGUCAUUUGGUGAAUGUUUGCGCGUGUUUAAAGUUGCACAUCCACCAGCAUCUCAGACUUUUUUACUUUCUGUCAUCCUGUUUUUAGUU